AUGCCAAUAACGAGAAGUCUUACAUCAAUUCGUCGAAGUCGUGAUCCAGAAUUUCCAACAGAAGAAGAAUUGGAACAAGCAUAUAAUCAUGCUCGUUUAACAUUAUGCUCGCAAGGAUAUAACUUAACUGAAAGGAUUGCUAGAGAAUUGUAUGAUCCAUCAAUUAAUGAUAUUAAUGAUAUAAAUAAUAUUCAAGCUCUUGAAGUUGUUAUUAUAAGCAAAUUUUUAAAAGCUAUUGAAGAUGAAAGGAUAAAUAUGUUUAGAAGAAAAGAAAACAAUAAUGGGAGAAGGAAUUAUGUGAUUAGAUAUGAUAAUCUAAAUAAAAGAGAAAUCAUUUUAAUUGAUAACGAUGAUAAUGAUGAUGACAACGUUGGCUACAACGAUGUUAAUAACGAUAACAACGAUGUCAAUAACGUCAAUAACGACGCGUCACAAAUACAACGAGACAACACAAAUGAAUCAAUAGUAGGUUAUUUUUUUGGGGGUUUUUUUUUAUUAUUUUAA